AGAGAGAGACCCCGAGAGAGAGAGAGAGAGAGAGAGAGAGAGGUGUUUAAAAUCAUAGACCCCUCUCUCUAGCCCCUAGUCUCUUCUCUGUCUCUAUCUCUGUCCCCGUUACUGUCUCUCCUCCCCAAAAGUAAAAAUUCCCGCUUUCCACACACACACACACACACACACACACACCCUUUCUUUUUAUUUCUCUCCCCCCCCUCCCCCACAAAAACAAAAACCAAAACCAAAACCCAAAACUUUGCUCUCUUUUUUUUUCUCUGUGUUUGGUUUUGUUUUGGGGGUUAAAAGUUUCACACUAUGGCACAAUUUCCUCCAAAUUUGGACGAUGGAGAAGUAUGGCUUCCCUCUGAUAUUUUCAUCAACGAAAAACCCAUAACCAAAUUCAACCCACGCCACCAUAUCUCCUGCUCUUGCUCUUGCAUGCAAGACGAGUACGACGAACUUGCUCAGCGUUUCGCUGCUUUCGCUCUCCGAAACGUUUCGAAACCUCCCCCAAACUCAGAGCCAGAGAGGUUCAGACAAGCUGUUCGUUACGGUUCUGUUACUCAAGCUCAUGCGCCGCUGGAAUAUAUUCUUGACCUCAACGGCGGUUACGGCCGUUCUUCCUCUCGUAACGGUCACAGGCUGUCACACGAGCACCUCCUCGUUGAACAACCUCAACCUCCACAGGAUGUGUAUGAGAAUAGCUUGAGGGCUAGGGUUCUGAAGAGUCAGCAAAACCGCGUACAAAACCGUCUUUAUCCAUUUCAAGCAAGUAGCGGUUUUGGGGUUAGUGGUGGAGGACGUGGUGGUGGUUUUGUCAAAGAAUCUGGUGGUACAGGUGUCUUUCAUCCACGUAUUUUGAACACCACCACCACCACCACUGAUUUGAGAAAGAAACAAGCUUUGAGAAAUAGGCAAGAGAUUCAAGCCACUCAACACUUCAAAGCAAUUGGCAUGGGCAAGCAAAGGGAGAGCCAUCACUAUCUUCCACCUGAGAUGGCCUUGCCUCAGGACUGGACUUAUUGAGCUUUAAUUAUCUCCUACACUCUUUUUUCUGCUGUAAAGUGGUCCUUCUGAGUUCUGUCUUGAGAAUGGUAGAAUAAUAAAAAAAGAGAGCUCAAGUGGAAGAAUGGAAGGUCAAAUUAUAUAUAAUCUUUUGGGUCUUGUGCAGUAGAAGUAAAGAAAUUGAAGUUUAGAGAACUUUUAGGCCUGUUUUUUUGGUUUUCUCUAUGCUGUUUAGCUUUUGUAGAGUUUUAAGUUAUAAAUAAGAAGUGUUUGAAAGGGUGUUUGUUGGAA